CGAGACCAGACUCACAGUCCAGACAUUCAGACGAGAUGAGAGGCCUCUGGCUGCUGUUGGUGCUCGUGGCUGCGGCCAACGCUGAGCGGCUCUUUGUUGGAGAACAGGUCCUCAGGGUCAACGUGGAGUCUGAGGAACAGAUGCAACUCCUGCAGGCUCUGGAGGCUCAAGAGGAGUGGGAGCUGGACUUCUGGCUCCACCCGGUCUCCACUGAGCUCCCCGUUGACAUCCGAGUGCCUCGCUCCAGUGUGAGCGCUGUGACGGAGUUCCUCUCCGCCCACGGCAUCCCCUACUCCGUCAUCAUCAACAACCUGCAGGAGCUCCUGGAUGAGGAGAAGGCCGAGAUGAUGGAGAACCAGAUGAAGGAGCGAAGCACCAGGAGCUUCAACUUUGGAUCUUAUCAUCCGAUAGAGACGAUCUACAGCUGGAUGGACACUCUGGUGGCUCAGCAUCCUAAACUCGUCACCAAGCAGGAAAUCGGUAGAUCGUAUGAGAACAGGCCCAUGUAUGUGCUCAAGUUCAGCACCGGAGGAAACAACCGUCCCGCCAUCUGGAUGGACACCGGAAUCCACUCCAGAGAAUGGGUGUCUCAGGCCACCGGAGUGUGGACGGCCAACAAGAUUGCCACUGAUUAUGGAACCGACGCCUCCCUGACGUCCCUCCUGAACACCAUGGACAUUUACAUGCUGCUCCUGGCCAACCCUGACGGCUACGCCUACACCCACUCCAACGACCGUAUGUGGCGUAAGACCCGCUCCAAGAACUCAGGCUCUGUGUGCCGUGGGGUCGAUCCCAACAGGAACUGGAACGCAGGCUUUGGUGGCCCCGGGGCCAGCAGGAACCCCUGCUCCGACUCCUACCACGGCCCCUCGGCUCACUCUGAGAUCGAGGUGAAGAACGUGGUGGACCUUGUCAGGAACCACGGCAACUUCAAGUCCUUCAUCUCCGUCCACGCCUACUCCCAGCUGCUCAUGUACCCCUACGGAUACUCCUGCAAGAGCGUGCCCCAUCAGUCUGAGCUGGACUCUGUUGGCAGAGCAGCAGUGCAGAAGCUCACGUCUCUCUAUGGCACCAGGUACAAGGUUGGAAGCAUCUGCAACAUCAUCUAUCAAGCCAGCGGUGGCAGCAUCGACUGGUCCUACGACAUCGGCAUCAAGUACUCCUUUGCCUUCGAGCUGAGGGACACUGGCCGCUAUGGUUUCAUCCUGCCAGCCAAUCAGAUUAUCCCCACGGCCUCCGAGACCUGGCUGGCUCUGAAACACAUCAUGGAGUACGUCCGUGAUCACCCUUAUUGAUCUCUGGGACCCUGGUGGAAAGAGGAUUAACUUUAAAAUCAAUUGACGAGGAACAACUUUAUCAUCUUUGUCUGCUGAUGUUUGACAUCUGACUUCAAUAUUGACCAAUAAAGUUGUGAAUAUUUUGUG